GAGUCUACACCUAUCAUGUACACAACUUCACCUUGGCAACGACAGAUGGGGAGACCAUAAAGAGGGUCCGGAUGAACCCGUAGAAUCCAUUCCGACAGGUGUCUUCGUAGGUUGCACAGUGCUCCAUCCCUCAGUGCCACCAUGAGUUAUAGCUAUGCCCAUAGCAGCACUUCCAGGGGAGGUAGUGGCAUCUCCUCUCGGCUUGGAGUUUAUGGAGGGUCAAGUAGUCAUGGUGGGUUUGGUGGUGCAGGUGUCUCUCAAUCCAUUUCCAGGUUGAUCUCCUCCGGUGUGGGAAGCAGCUUGUCUUCUGGAUUUGGCGGUGGAGCAGCCUUUGGUGGAGGCUCCGCUUCCCACGGUGGAGAUGGAUUGCUAUCUGGAAAUGAAAAGUAUACUAUGCAAAACCUGAAUGACCGCCUAUCCAAUUACUUGGACAAAGUGCGGUCAUUGGAAGAGUCCAAUACUGAACUUGAGCGCAAGAUCCAUGAAUGGUACGAGAAGCAAGGAUCCACCACUGUGCGUGAAGAAAACUAUUCCCCCUACUAUACUACAAUUGAGGAUCUGCGAGAGAAGAUCCUCAAUGCCACCAUCGAGAACAACCAAGUUUUACUGGCCAUAGACAAUGCCCGUCUCGCCGCUGAUGAUUUUAAACUCAAGUACGAGAAUGAGCAGUCCCUGCGAAUGAGUGUUGAAGGGGAUAUCCAUGGUUUGCGUAAAGUGUUGGACGAGCUGACCCUCACCCGAUCUGACUUAGAACUGCAGAUUGAAAACCUGAAGGAAGAGUUGGCCUACCUGAAGAAGAACCACGAGGAGGAGAUGAGUGAAAAGGGUCAACAGAUGAAAGGCACGGUAAAUGUAGAGAUGGAUGCAGCUCCGGGGACUGACCUGACCAAAACAUUGACCGAAAUGAGAGAUCAAUAUGAGUACAUUGCCGAGAGGAACAGGAAGGAUGCUGAGGCCUGGUUCUUGACUCAGAGUGAAGCCCUUCAUAAGGAAGUGGUUACUAACACAGAACAAGUUCAGUCCACCAAAACGGAGAUCACUGAGCUGAGGCGCACUCUACAGGGAUUAGAGAUUGAGCUGCAGUCGCAACACAGCAUGAAAGCAGGAAUGGAGGCCUCCAUAGCGGAGACCGAGGGCCGAUACGCCACCCAGCUUCAUCACAUACAGAAAGUCAUUGGCAGCAUGGAGGCCCAGCUUGGAGAUCUUCGAUCUGACCAGGAACACCAGAACAUGGAGUACAAAGCCCUCUUGAACAUCAAGGCUCACUUGGAGGCUGAGAUCGCCACUUACCGCAAAUUGUUGGAUGAGCACGGCAUUGGUGAAGUGCACAAGGAAAGUGCAGGAUCCACCACAACCACAACAACAACCACCACUAAGGUCCACGCUGUUGUGAAAGAAGAGUCCUCUUCAUCUGUGAAGAAGUGAUCGACAAGACCCUGUUGUCUCCAAUAUUGCAAAGAAAUUAAUGAACCAGAAAUGUUAACCAAGAAUAUUCGCAAUAAUAAAUCACUGAAUAGACAAGA